GAGGCAGGGAAACACACCCGUCAGCAGCGCGCAUUGGAGACACAAAAGCGCAUCACGGACAAAGGAAAUAUGGGUGCGCUGGAGAGGGUUCACCACAGCCGGGUAGCACAAUGGAUGAGCCGCUUGUGUUUCAUUUACCGGGAGACCAAUUAGCCCAUCUUAAUGAGGUGCUGGGAUGCAAGAUUCUGCAAGCUAAACAGGCGGAAGGCUGCGUUUAAUCCGUCUGCGGAUCCUAUGAGCUUGCAAUGGCUGUGGCGGGGAUAUGCAACUGGAUAGGGAAUAAUGUGCCUUUUUAUUUUGUGAUAUUUUCCUUAUUGUGUGGCCUUUCGUUUGGACAAUUGAGAUAUUCUAUUACGGAAGAACUAGAAAAUGGGGCACUGGUCGGUGAUGUGGCGCAUGACUUGGGGCUGGAUAUUCGAAAGCUCGCCUCCCGAAAAAUUAAGGUAACCUCCAACAGCGGUAAACGCUAUGUGAUUGUCAAUCCCAAAAAUGGGAAAUUACUUGUCAAUGAAAGGAUCGACAGGGAGGCACUGUGCGAUUUAUCCAACACAUGCCUCAUUAAUCUGGAGGUGCUGGUCGAAAAUCCCACCGAGGUGCACCAUGUCGAGGUGGAAAUUGUGGAUGCCAAUGAUAAUGCGCCGCAGUUCCCCAGAGAAGAGUACCAACUGGAAAUCACUGAAUCUGCUCUACCGGGGUCUCGUUUCCCAAUUGAAAACGCUCAAGACCCAGACAUUGGGUCCAAUUCAGUUCGUAUGUAUCAGCUCAGCACAAACGACCAUUUCGCGCUGGUAUCAAACAAACCCUCCCUAAAUACAAAGCACAUAGAGCUUGUGCUCAAAAAGCCCGUUGAUCGUGAACAGACGCCUUACCAUCAAUUAAUUCUAAGUGCUGUGGAUGGUGGGAUGCCAGAGAAAACAGGCACGGCUAAAAUUAAUGUCAGGGUCCUGGACUCAAAUGACAAUGUCCCCAUGUUCGACAGCUCAGUGUACAAGGUGAAACUGUUGGAAAAUUCUCCCAAAGACACCCUGGUUAUUAAACUGAAUGCAACUGAUCUGGAUGAGGGCACAAAUGGAGAGAUUUACUACUCUUUCAGCAGCUACACUCCUGAGAGAGUGAGGCAGAUGUUCAGCAUGCACACCAAUACGGGAGAAAUAAGAGUGAGGAGCAAUGUUGACUAUGAAGAAACCAACUCCUAUGAGAUGUACAUCCAGGCGAUGGACAAGGGGCCUGGUGCCGUGGCAGCACACUGUAAGGUAGUGGUAGAGGUGGUGGAUGUGAAUGACAACAUCCCUCAGAUAGUGCUGUCAUCUCUGUCGAGCCCUGUCAGGGAGGAUGCCCGUGCAGAUACAGUAGUGGCCCUCAUUAGUGUUACUGAUCGAGACUCCGGCGCUAACAAGCAGGUGAGCUUAGAGAUCCCAACUGGCCUUCCUUUCAAGAUCAAGUCAUUCAGAAAUUACUACACUCUGGUUACCUCAGCCUUCCUGGACCGCGAGACCACCGAUGCCUACAAUGUCACUCUGAGUGCCACAGAUGGAGGAAACCCUCCCCUCUCCUCCCAGAAAACCAUACAAGUGGAUGUGGCUGAUGUUAAUGACAACCCACCACGAUUUGAACAGACUUCGUAUACCGUCUAUGUGGCUGAGAACAAUGCCCCUGGAGCCUCUUUGUGUACUGUGAAAGCUCAGGAUGCAGACAUCAAAGAGAACGCACGCAUCACCUACACAGUGCUCAAUGACAACAACCAUGGCAUCCCUGUCACCUCGUAUGUGUCUGUGAAGGCCGAUACAGGGGAGGCGUAUGCCCUGCGAGCCUUUGACUAUGAGUCACUGAGAGAGUUUCACUUCCAGGUCAAAGCCCAAGAUGGGGGCAUUCCUCCGCUCAGCCGCGUCGCCACUGUCUACAUCUACAUAAUGGAUCAGAAUGACCAUUCACCACUGAUAGUCAACCCUCCCGGCAAUGGCACACGCUCCUUGGAAACGGUACAAAAGAACGCAGAGCCUGGUGCCAUGGUGACCAAAGUGGUGGCGUACGAUGCAGACGCCGGUCCAAACGCCUGGCUAGUGUUCGUGCUGGAGACGGCCACUGACCUGGACCUGUUCAAGGUGCAUGAACACACCGGUGAGAUCAGGACUACUCGGAGGAUCCUGGAGGACAACUCCACUUCCUUUGCCCUAACCGUCGUAGUAAAGGACCAUGGGCAGCCUAGUCUCUCCUCUACCGCCACCAUCAAUGUGGCUGUCAUGGAAGUGCCGCCGAAAGUGGCCCCUGACCCCAAGAGGAUCAUCCGACCUCACAGCACACUGCUUUUCUCCAAUGUGACCCUCUACUUGAUCGUGGCUCUGAGUGCCACCACCUUUGUUUUCCUGGUCACUGUGGUGGUGCUGGCCAUCGUCCGCUGCCAUGCCUACUGCACCCAACCUGGGUCCUGCUCGCCUUGCUGUGUGUCACAGAAGCCCCCUCCAGAUGGUGGUAGCAGCAGUGUAAGUGCUGGCGGGCUAGGUGUUGGCGGACCAGGGGCACAGCCUAAUAACAAUGUGAUGCUUCGGAGAGACCUUAAAGUGGAGCCUCACUACAUUGAAGUGCGGGGGAAUGGCUCCCUAACAAAGACUUACUGCUACAAGACCUGCCUGACAGCCACCUCUGGCAGUGACACGUUCAUGUUCUACAACACAGGACGUCCCAUCAGUGGCACCUGGGGCAGCGGUGCCGACCGCUUCUUCACAAGUGGAAGUGGAUUUGUACGCAGACUGAGCAUGCCUGAUGCCUCCAUGCAACUCUGCCCUGAGCCGAAAGCCCCAAAUGCUGACUGGCGAUAUUCUGCAUCUUUGAGGGCAGGGAUGCAGAGUUCGGUCCACAUGGAGGAGUCCUCUAUGAUGCAGGGAGCCCAGGGGAUGCUGGUCCAGAACUGGCCCACUGUGUCCAGCGCUGCAGAUGGAGAUGGUGGUGAACUUUCACCCCCAGUGGGCGCUGGAGUUGACAGCAACAGCUGGCACUUCAGAUACGGCGCCUCCGGACAGGGCUACUGCCCUCCUCAGCCCCUGAAGCCCGGAGAGAUUCCUCCUGAAGCCUUCAUCAUCCCCGGAUCCCCAGCCAUCAUUUCUAUUCGCCAUGACGCCGGCCCCGUGGAUGACAAAGGUGACUUCAUAAGCUUUGGCAAGAAGGAGGAUGCCAAGAAGAAGAAAAAGAAGAAGAAGGACAAGAAAGACAAGAAGGAUAAAGGAAAGGAUGACGAUGAUUAGAGGUGAAGGGGUGACUUGAAAACAGAGCUACCAACAAACUACCAUCCCAAUUACAAAGCCAGAAAAAAAGCCAAAAUGCAUAUUCUAGAACUGAGGGAGCCUCCUUGCAGCAUAUUUGCAUAGACAUUGUACAGUGGCCAAACCCUCAUUAGACAAACAACAUGCAAACUUGCUAAACAAAUCUCUUUUUUUCUUGGCUUACUUUGCCCAUAACGUCGGCCGAUAAAAGUCUAAGGUUUAUGGUUAACAAAUGUUCUUAAUGGACAAACUUCAUCUAAAUGUUGGACCAAAUUAAAACAGAAAGGGUUUUAUUGGAUUAGAUUAGCCUUUCUGUGAUUAGCUGCCCCCUCCCCCAGUUUGUACAAUAAAAACAAAAACACCUGAAAAAGGUGUACUAUUUGUAUCUGACCAUUGUCAGCUGAGGCUGCCUGUGUUGGCAUCUCUGUCUUUAUGCAGCCCCCUUCCUUUUUGGUUCACCUAGUUGGAGGUGAAGUCGAAGCCGAACAAAAAAAAAAAAAAAAAAUGAAACCAAGACUUUUGUCUUCAGUAUUAUGGAGGCCUUGUUGAAAUUCAGAAAAUGUGGUCUUUUGUAAAAAAAAAUAAUAAAAUGAAAAACUAACAGCUUACAGUAUAUGUACCAUGAGAUUAGCACCUUUUAUAUGAAUGAGGUGGCUGAGACAAGCAGGACCACACUCGAAUAAAGAACUCUGUUUCAGUGUAACAUAGCACAUUGCUGAGGCUGAAGACCUGGACUGGGUUGCACCAACUAUGCGCAAGUUUGUUCCCAGGUUAGGGUAUAAAGUAGUGGCUUCAUAACUGCUAGUUAAUUUGCUAUUAGCAAGUUACUCAAUCGAUUGUACCAUGGGUAGUAAGGGGGGAAUUCUACGGCUGUAACUAGUUAUAACAUUAAGAUUUCAGAUGAGUUGCAAAUGUGUAAUACCGUUCCCUCGCUGAUGGGUAAAAACCACAUGGAUUUAUAGUUGAUUAGAUUGGCAUCAAAAUUACGAUCAGUUUUUGCAUGUUUGAGUCCAUUCUCUACAAAUCUUGCAGCCUUUACGUCACUGCUGAUAUUUUCCAUUAUGUUUAGUGUUUUUGGAGUAUCUUUCCUACCUUUCAGGCAGGCAUUGUUUUUCAUCUAUUAUACUAUUACCACGAAAAUAAAUUAGCUGAGACUUGAAACUUUUUCAGAUUGAGAAAUCCAUCAAAGUGAACACGCCUUCUUUGUUGUUUAAGUUACAGGGCAUUAUAACGAAAUGUAACUUUGGCAAAAUGAAACAUGUCAGCCAAGUCUCAGCAUGUUGAUUUAAAAAAAUUGAAUGGAAUUAAAUGAAAAAAAACAAAAUACUUUUCUAAACGCAAUUUUAAAAAAUGUCAUCAGUAACAAGUAAUUUGUAGAAAAUGGGCAAAAACAUCAAAAAUCACUCUUAUAGUGUUUUCAAAUUGCAAAAUGGCAUGGAAUUAAUAAAGACAAAAAAAAUGGUGUGCAAAAAAAAAAAAGAAUCUUGCUUUACUGUUAGUGAGUGCAAUUAUGUGACUUUGUAUCAUUU